CGGAGAACGCCUUGCAGCAGGCCGCCUGAAUGCUCAGCCUCCUAUCCUCGUUGCUCGCCUGCGACCCGCCCGACUGCGACCGUGCGGACCACGGGACCUGCGGCAAUGCUUGCUGCAAGCUUUCCAUCCACUUGAACAAGGUCGUCACCACAACGAUUGCUGCAGCGCUGAACACCUCUCUGUCGGAGGGCGGGCCAGAUGGCCGGUUUCGCCUGAUGCCCACGCACGCCAAUCCGCACGGAUUUGCGGACCUGCGUCCGUACCACAUCUCGCGCAGCGGCGGGCGCGAGGUCCACUUCCUCGGCCAGGCGUGGCACGAGACCGAGAAGCACACCUACAACGACACCGUCAACCUGCUGGUGAUGAGCUUGGGAAAGGGCACGAUUCUGGAGGCCUUCUCCAUCAGUCAGGUGGGCGGCGCCUACGGCGACGACGGGCAAAACUUCAAGAACAUAGCCGUGCUAAUGAAGGGGCUGAAGAAGCUCGGGUACGGCGAGGCCGAGCUGAGCGCCAUCGUUUCCGAGGCGGAGCACGAGGGAUGCCCUCCGCCGGCAGGGGAGUCGGCACUCUGGGCGGCGGCUCCACGCAGCAGCGCGGGGGUCGUCUUGGGAGCCCUAGUCCCGUCCGUAUUCGCGCCCGCCGCCGGGCUCGUGCUGCUGGGGCUCUAUGCUGGAGCGCGGGCGGCGGCCAAGCGAGACGCGGCGCGCCAAGAGGGCGAGGCCGGCCUGCGGGCGGCCGGAGUGCCGAUGGCGAUGCGCUGAUGGACCUCUGAGGCUAAUUAGUUUUGAGAGGGAUGGGGGAGCGGUAAGUGAAUCACGUGUCGGGCUCGCCACCGGUGGGCCACCCCGGACUCGCGCGCGGGGCGGGGAGCGAGCGGAGCGAGAGGAAGAGAUCCCCCCGCCGCCGGGGCCGGUCCGGGAGACCGAGCAGGCCAGAGCAGUGGCGCGCCCUCUGUGUAGAUUCUAGUCGUGUAUGUGUGUGCCGCUUGUCAUGUUGUCAGCGUAGUUUUUGUCUCGAUUGCGAGCCGGGGCCGCACACCGGCGCUCGAGCGGCGCUACCCGAGAGCGCGCGGAUCCGCUCACGGCAAACGGAGACAAGGACACGUGUACACCACCGCAUGCCUUACAUCAUGACCGGACUCUGCGCGCGAGGUACGCAGCGGAGCCUGCCCUGCGGGCCCUAUCACGGCGCGAGGUUGCGCCGCAGCUUGCAUCCCUCAGGCGGAUGCGGGCAAGCCGCGGGCACGCAGCAGCGCGUUCCUCAGGCGCGAGUCGACGUCGCGCCUCGGCCGCUGCGCCGCGGACAUCGGCGCGCCCAGCGACGCGACCGAGUUGGUGAGCAGGUUGAGCACAAAGAAGGCGGCGAUCGGCGAGAUGUCGAGCCCUCCGAUCGCAGGAAUGACGCCGCGGAAGAGGUUGAGGUACACGUCCGAGAUGGUGAAGAUGGGACGGAGGAGCGAGACGCCCUGCGCCUGCGGCACCCACGAGAGCAGGAUGCGGAACGUGAUGAUGCCGCCGUACAGGCUCAGGAAGUUGAGGCCGCCGUCAACGAGAAGCUCGCCCGCGGCGCUGUCGCCGACGACGAGCGCGAGCGACGGGCUAGCGCGCAUGGACUGGCGCGGUAGGGUGAGCGGGUUGGCCAGCACGUUCAGGUGAGCCGACGCCAGCAGCGGCGCGAUGGCGAGCACCAGCAGAGAGAGGC